GGAUCGCUAUACAAAUCACUUCUUUCUUGGUGCAAAAAUGGCUGGAAGUUCAUCAGCACCAUCGUCAACUGUUGAGCGAUUGAAACAACUAGAGGCGGUUGAGGGUGAUAUAGUCAAUGCUAUUCAGAGUGCAGGAUCUGCUCUUCAAGAGUUAUCGAAAGACAAACCAGUGAUGAAAAAUGUUGAAUCUCACACCACUACUUUCAUCAAAACCCUAGUAGAUGUAGAGAAGAAGUUAACAGGACAUAUCAACUACCUAACACAAGUUUCUACAGGACAGCCUCAUGAAGGUUCUUCAUACGCCCCACAGAAGGAUUUAUUACUUGCCUAUCAUCGCAUCGACCACAUCAGAAGUCGUCUGAACGACCUAGAGAGGGUGACGGCAGAACCUGUGGUUCACCGACAGCAACUUACACAGUCUGACUUGUUACAGAUGAGCGAACAACACUGACAGUGUCUGGACUGUAUAGACACUUUAUGUUGUAUUGCAGCAGUGUGGUUGCAUUUAU